AUGAGCAACGAACGCACGCAGAACGACAACAAAGACGCUCACGCCAUGUGGGUGUCGGAUGGCCCAGCGCUCUGUCGGGACGAAUGGUACGUGACGAUGGACUACGUGGGGUUGCAUGGGAUACAGGCGGUGAAUCGGAAGAUGGGAGUGGCGCCAAAGGACGGUACGGGCGAGGCCAAUGAGGUUGAGGAUUGCUCGCGCUUUGUGGCUAACGCCCUGAAAAACAAGCGCGCUGGCGGGUAUCCGGCGUCUGGUGUCCUCGCGUGCGAGGGAUGCCGUUGGGCUGCAGAAAACCUUAAACGCCACGAGGACUUAUGGCUGGCGAUGGCCGCGGAGUCGCAAGCUCUCGGUCUCGACGCGUCCCUCAAGGACGAGGCCUUCAAGCUCAAGCGGAAGGGCAUGUCUGGCCAGAUGACGCCGACGGAUAUAGAGGCCUGGGAGCAGGAGAAGGGUCAGCUGAAGGCAGCGCACCAGGCCGCUCUUGACGCCGCGCGCGGUGGGAAGGAAUGUCCCCCAUACGUUCACUGGAUAUUCUGCUUGAACAAGUGCAUAUGCUCAUUUAUCUUAUUUAGCCAUAUCUGUACUGGGGAUGGGUACUCGGGAGAGGGUGAGACUGGGGAUGACAGCGACGUUCCGUCCCUCGAGCCUUUGUCGGACGAGGAGUAG